AUGUUCAGAAUACAAGUUCGGGAAGAGUUGCUAUACCACUUGAAUCUUUCAAUUGAUCCUAGGUCUGCGAAAGCAAAGCUAAUUUCUCAUCGCAGUAUAGAAAAAAACUAUCAACAUGAGAGCCAGUUCCUCUUUGCUUGUUUGGAUAUCUUAUCUGAUACAAAAGUCUCCCUCAAGCUCAAGUUGAAACUCUCUCACUACUUCAAAAAAUGGAUGAAAACCUAUGGGGCUGAUUCUCAUAGAGAGUCUUCUCUCAGCGUGUUCCAGAGAUUAUCUUUCAAACGUCGCUUUUUUGAUUUAUUGAUCAAUUUCAAUUUUUUAGCUUUGAAUUUUGAGAUAAACCAAAGAGUUCCUAGGUCCAAUCAGAUUGAUUUGAUCAGAUUUAAAAUGAACCUAUUUGAAACGUUAAGACUAUUUUUGCUUCAACCACAAAAUUACCAGGAUCCGCUAAAUUUUUCCGAUUCUUCUACUGAUUUAGACUAUACAAACAAUUCACUCAAUAGAUUGAAUAGAUUAUAUUUAUUUCUAAUUUUGUUUAACUAUAUUCUCAAGAACUUUAGUAAUUUUUAUAUUAUCCAUCAAACAAAAUUUGACAAAAAAUUCCCCUGGCUUGAAGAAACAUCAAUAACAGAGUCUCUAAAAUUAGAUUACAGUGGUUUCUUCAAGCUUAAAUACGAUGCCCAAUUAAAUCAAUCUUUGGCUUUUUAUGCAAAGGAAAUUGAUUUUUUAUUUUCACUUCUCAAUAAAUCCAUUAUUAAUACUUCUUAUAUUAAAUAUCUCCAUCACUUUAUUAAAAUAAUACUAUUAUCUUUUAAUUAUAUGAAAAAUGACUUUAUUUUCAGCAAAUUUAAAAAGGAAAUCAUCUAUAAAUGGCUUGAUAUUCACCUAACCAUAUUGAAUGAAAAAGAUAUUAAAAAUUCAUUUUUAAUUUCAACUAAUAAAUUUACUGAAUUUUGUAAUUCCAAUGAUAAUAAUCACGAUGAUAAUAAUCACAAUGAUAAUUAUGAUAAUAAUAAUAAUAAUAAUAAUAAUAAUAAUAAUAAUAAUAAUAAUAAUAAUAAUAAUGAUUAUUAUUACUACACAAAUUGGUUGGAAAUCAGAAGCUUAACUUUGAAAAAUAUCUAUGAAUUCUACCACUUUUUAAAUCAUAUAAAAGAUUUUAAUUAUAACCCCAAUAAAAUCGAAGACUACCUAAAUAACCCUAUAAUAGAUUUCCUCCUAUUCAAUAACAAUAUUUUAAAUAACCAAAAAUUUCUAGCUAAUCAAAAUUAUAAAAUUUAUCAAAAUAAUAAAAUCAUAAAUCAAUAUAUAAAUUACGUUUAUUUCCAUCACAUUAACGAAGACUUGGACCAAUUUUCCACAAAAAUUAACAACAUAAAUAAUAGAUUUAAAAAUAUUUAUAAAAUCAAUAAAAGAAAUUUCCUAAAAAAUAAUAGAGAUGAUGAUGAUUUCCGUAUUCAUUUUCACCUAAAAAUUUACAACUCAUCAGAGUUAAUCAAAUUUUUGUUUAAUUCACUAGCAAAAAACUUGUAUAAUGCUGACAAUAAUCACAAUCAUUUAAACGAAUUUUUCAGGAAUUUUGGAAUAAUUAAUAACAUUAAGACUGUUCAUAACUAUGAUAACGAUAUUAAUACUCCCCAGAAUAACGAUAACUAUAAUUCUGAAUAUUAUGAAGAAGAAGAAGAAGAAAAAGAAAAAGAAAAAGAAAAAGAAAUGAAGGAUAAUGAAGAUAAUAAUCAAUUUACAGAUGUUGAUAACUAUUUCCAUUUUUUUCACAAGUCUGGCAAAAAAAAAGUUGUAAAAAUUAAUAAAUUAAAUCACUGUAAUACUUAUUUAUUAGACAGAAAAACAAUUGCAUAUAUGUUUGAAAUUCUUAAUGAAAUGCUUUUAAAAGAUGAAGAUAAUGAUUAUUUUAACAAGUCUAUUGAAUUGAAUUUAGAAGAAAUAGUUUUACCAUCAAUUUAUAGGUUUUUAUUUUCAAAUUAUUUAAUUGAGGAAAACAAAAAUUAUAACAACUACAACAUUUUUAAUAUUGAGAGAAAUAGUGGAAUUAAGUUGUUGCAAUCACUAGUUUUGAAAAAAAAAUAUAAUUUAAUUAUUAUACGAUUUUUUAAAGAAAAUUUAAUCCGUAUAGAAAAUGAUGAGCUUCAAUAUAAUGAAGUUGGUUUAAGUAACAUCAAAGAAUUUGAUGCUGAUAGAAAUCGGUACAUUGAUUUAAUGGAAUUAUUAAUUAUACAAAAGAUCUCAAUACUUAAAAUGAUCAAUUCAAUUAUACUCCAGCUAUUAAGUUACUACGAUAGUUAUGAAAUUGAUACACCUAAUGACAAUGGAUUUAAUAAUAACCAAUUGAAUAACUGUUAUUCAAAUAGUAUUCGUAGAAAUUUUUCUGAUAAUUAUGGGAAUAAUUUCAAUAAUAACUAUGGAAACUACGGCCAUUUAAAUAAAAUGAUUAAUGACUAUGUGAAUAAUAAUACUCAUGGGAAUAAGAAUAAUUUUGGAAAUAAUACUAUUGAUUGUUCUUUUUUUAAUGAAAAAAAGGAAUUUGAAAAUUUAAUUGAAUUUUAUUUAAUCAAAAGUUUUUUUAAAAAAAUUUCAUACACUGAUUUAUUUUCAAACGAGAUGACAAAUUAUUUAUUGAUUGACAUUUUAAGAAAGAGCAUUUUUUAUGAUUUUACAAAUGAAAAAACCAAUGAGAGCAAUAAAUUCAUUUGUGAUAUAAUUAUUGAAAUAUUUUUAAUGGGAAAUUACAGGGGUUAUCGUAAUGGGAAUAUGUGGAAUGCAGAAGCUAGAUUGAUAGUUGAUAAUAUUUAUAAUAUUAUUAACGAUAGAAAUGAAAUUCGGGAACUUUUCAAAGUGAAUAAUUUUAGGAAUAAAAUUAGAUUUGAAGCAUUAACAGUGAUUAAUUCAAUAUUGUGUAUAUCAAAAAAAAAUGAAACCCAAAAAGAACAUCAAUAUAAAAAUGAAAAUGAAAACGAAAACGAUAACAAAGAUGAGGUGAAUUUGGGAGCCAUGUUUUUUUUAUCUAAUCAAUUUGCUCAGGUUGGCCAGGCUAUUCCAAUUGGACAGUUUAAUGAUUUUAAUCAGAACGCUCGAUUUAAUCAAAAUAAUCCCGUAAAUCAAACCCAUCAAGACAUUUUAGGCAAUGGGGUUAAAGAAAACAAUGAACAACAAGAUAGAUACAAUAUAUGUGAUGGCGAUAACUUCAAAAUGUUGAAAUAUAUGAUAGAGACAAGGUACGAAUCAAUUAUGGAAAUUUUGUUUAAGUAUUACGAAAACAUUGAAGAUGGAUAUCAUGAUAGAGUUUUGAAGAUCUUAAAGAAUUUGGAAGGCAAAUAUUCUUAG